CGAGGCACGAGUUACGCAUGCGCGGAAUGCCCCGCGAGCUCCCCCUCGCCGCCGUCUCCCAGGCAACGGUGACGUCAUCAUUCCGCGACCGCAGUUCCCUGCCGUGGGCUGUUCUCGGGGAAGAGGCCUCUGUUUCUCCUGCCCGGACGAAAAAGGAAGCCAAGAUGGCGCUGGUGUCGGCCGACACGAGGAUAUCGGAGCUGCUGAGCGAGCUGCAUCAACUCAUCAAACAGACGCAGGAGGAGCGAUCGAGAAGCGAGCACAACUUGGUAAAUAUCCAGAAGACACACGAGCGGAUGCAGACGGAGAACAAGAUCUCCCCGUAUUACCGCACCAAACUGCGAGGCCUCUACACAACCGCCAAGGCAGACGCCGAAGCCGAAUGCAACAUUCUGCGCAGAUCAUUAGAUAAAAUCGCCGAGAUCAAGUCCUUAUUGGAGGAGAGACGUAUCGCUGCCAAGAUCGCCGGCCUAUACCAUGACUCUGAGCCGCCCAGGAAGACCAUGAGGCGCGGGGUGCUGAUGACCCUCCUCCAGCAGUCUGCCAUGACGCUGCCACUGUGGAUUGGAAAGCCUGGUGAGAAACCUCCACCCCUGUGUGGCGCCAUUCCAGCCUCUAGUGAUUACGUAGCCAAACCCGGAGACAAGGUGGCGGCUCGUGUGAAGGCGGUGGAUGGGGACGAGCAGUGGAUCCUGGCCGAGGUGGUCAGCUACAGUCACGCCGCCAACAAGUACGAAGUGGAUGACAUAGACGAGGAGGAAAAGAGUAAACGUCACACGCUCAGCCGCCGCAGGAUCAUCCCUCUGCCCCAGUGGAAAGCCAAUCCAGAAACCGACCCGGAGGCGCUGUUCCAGAAAGACCAACUAGUGCUGGCGCUGUACCCUCAGCCACCUGCUUCUACCACCUGCUUCUACCGAGCCCUGAUCCACACCCCUCCACAGCGGCCCCAGGACGACUACUCGGUGCUGUUUGAAGACACGUCCUACGCUGAUGGCUACUCGCCUCCCCUCAACGUGGCCCAGAGAUACGUGGUGGCCUGCAAGGAACCGAAGAAAAAGUGAAGAGGUCACCGAGACCAGAGGAGAAAGUCUCUUCAUUGUCCACUGGGUAGGACGGGGGUCUUAGAAUUUUUUUUUUUUUUUUUUUUUAUACAUUAAAUGCUUCAUCCCCAAAAAAUUGUUACAUCUAAAAGGGGGGAAAAGAUAAAGAACUGCUCGGAUUUUCCUCUCCUAUAGGGGGCAGUGCUGGGAGGUGAUCAUGCGAUGAGGUUGUUUGGUCAAUGAAUACAAUAGAUCCCAGAAUAAUGUGAAUGGGACGUCCUAUACAACAUGGCGGUGUCUGCGCUAGAGGCUUCCCUGUGUUUUUCAAACAGUGUGUCCCCAG